AUGCCUUCAAGUAAGCUGCGCGACGCCACUGGCGGCACCCGCAGUGGUGCUUCGACGAGACGCUCAGUCAACGUCUUUACAGAGAACCCCAUCAUGUCGGGGCCGCGGACCAGUCGCCCGCGAAAGAAGCUCGUGGAAGUGAACACGAGCGACGAGGAUGACAUCGAUGACCAAGAAGAAGACGAAGUCGACGAUGAAGAUGCCCCGGGUGAGGAUGACGAGGAUGCGGACGCCGACGGUGAUUUGGACAUGGACGAUGCCCCACCUCAGCCUGCGGUGUCGAAGAGACAUGCCAAGGCUUCAACGGCCACGUCGAAACCCGUCAAGAGCGUCGAAGCCAAGGAAAUGGAAAUGGAGGAUGACGAAGACGAGGAUGAUGAGGAGCUCUCCGAACCAGACUCCGACGCCGAGGGUGAGCCCGAUGACUUGGAGGAAAGUGGCGUGGGGAACGCCAACGGAGGGGACGAGGAUCUGGAAGAGGACGAUAUCGAUGAGGAGAUCGAUAGUGACGAUGGCUUACCCUCCAACGACCCGAGCAAAAUGACUAAACGGCAGAGGGGAAACCUGGGCAAUGACUUCUUGCAGUUGCCGAUGGAACCCCAAGUCAAGAAACAUCUGACCGCAGAAGAGCGCCAGAUGCGACGGGCGGAGAUGGCUCGGCGCCGAAAGAACCUGAGCGAAAAACGAAAUGAAGAAGAAAAGAUGGACACGAUAAACCGACUUUUGCGGAAACAGGCCCCCAAACGGCGUGGUCGAAUCCCUGCCGCCGAGGCGGCCGAGGCUUCUGCAGACAAAGAAGCCCAAGAAUUCGAAAAGGCGGACCCAACGAUGGUCAGAUGGGUGAGUGGCCGCAACGGUAGUAGAGUUGGCGUUCCCGAGGAAUGGUUUGGCACCCCGGGCGGUCGUGUCUUUGGAGAAGGCCCCCUUGGAAGCAAUGGACCCAGAAAGCUUGUGGAAGAGGUAUGA